CGAUAGGGGCAAAAACGUACAAUCACCGUCGCUUAGGGACGUGACACGUGUACGCUCUUGAUUUGAUGUAACCCCACUCCAAACGGCUCUCCGCUGCUUUCUGUCUCCCACUAUCCCUUCUCCUUUUUUAUUUUCUUCAUUUCCUUCUUGGCUGGUUCCAUCAAUGGAGUUUCUGAACCUCUUCUUCUGCUUCUCCAUUGUCUUCCUUUCGAGCUCGUCCAUGUCCGCCGCGCCUCCUCCGGCUUCAGAUGCGGAGAUUCUUCUCCAGAAAAUCAGACCCGCGCUGCAGGGAGAGGCGCAGAACUUGAUGCUGUCUUCAUGGAACGCCUCGAUCCCUCUCUGUCAAUGGAGAGGCCUCAAGUGGGCUUUUGAGAACGGGAGCUCUCUGCUCUGCGAACCCAUGUCUUCUCCGCAAUGGGUCAGUCUCUCUCUCCGCAGCGACCCUUCUCUCCGCCUCGUCUCCCUCCAGCUCCCUUCCGCGAAUCUCUCCGGAACCCUCCCGGGAGAGAUUUCCGAGCUCCAGGCGCUCCGCGGUCUCUAUCUCGGCGUCAAUUCCCUCUCCGGAGCCGUCCCUCUGGAGCUCGGCUACGCCCCUUCUCUCUCCGAUCUCGAAUUGAGUGGCAACUCCCUCGCCGGACCUCUCCCGGCGUCCAUCUGGAACCUCUGCGACCGUCUCGUUUCGCUUCGUCUUCACGGUAACUCCCUCUCCGGCUCUCUCCCCCGCCCCGAACUGCCCAACGUCACCUGCGAGCACUUGCAGGCUCUCGAUUUAGGUCAAAAUUCGUUUUCCGGCGAUUUCCCGGAAUUCCUAACCGCCUUCGCCGCGCUCAAAGAGCUCGACCUAGCUAAUAACAACUUCUCCGGGCAAAUCCCCCCCGGAUUGAGUGAGAUGAAACUCGAGAAACUGAAUCUCUCGCACAACAAUUUCAGUGGGGUUUUGCCCAAUUUCGACCCGAAGAAAUUCGGGGCAGAGGUUUUCCAGAAGAACAGCCCGGACCUCUGCGGGCAGCCUCUGAAGCCCUGUCUCGGACACACAGGGCUGGCCCCAGGGGCUAUAGCUGGGAUUGUGAUCGGAUUAAUGGCCGGAUUUGUGGUCAUAGUAUCUUUGCUGAUAGGGCAUUUCCAAGGGAGGAAGAAGAAAAGAAACACCGACGAAGAUGAAGAAGAUGAUGAAGAAGAAGACAGAGGAGAAAACAAAGAUUUUGAUGGAAAUGGGGCAGAGGGGAAGCUGAUAGUGUUCCAAGGUGGGGAGCAUUUGACACUGGACGAUGUUCUGAACGCGACAGGGCAGGUGAUGGAGAAGAGCAGCUAUGGAACCGUGUACAAGGCGAAGUUGGCCGAUGGUGGGAACAUCGUGCUGAGGCUGUUGAGGGAAGGGAGUUGUCUUGAGAGACAUUGCAGUUUCCCGGCGAUCAAGAAGCUUGGGAGGGUUCGCCACGAGAGUCUUGUCCCAUUAAGAGCUUUCUAUCAGGGGAAGAAAGGGGAGAAGCUUCUCAUCUAUGAUUAUUUCCCUUGCAGAACCCUCUUUAGUCUCUUACAUGAAGCAAAGGUGGGGAAGCCAGUGUUGAACUGGGCAAGGAGGCACAAAAUUGCCCUUUGUGUAGCAAGAGGACUAGAGCAUCUUCAUUCUUUAGAAACACCCAUCACCCAUGGAAACAUCAGGUCCCAAAAUGUCCUGGUGGACGACUUUUUCGUAGCCAGGCUCACGGAAGUCGGGCUUGACAAGAUCAUGAUCCCAUCCAUUUCAGAACAGACACUCUCCCUCUCAAAAGCCGACGGGUACAAGGCACCCGAACUUCAAAAGAUGAAGCAUUGCAACUCGAGGACCGACGUCUAUGCAUUUGGGAUACUCUUGUUGGAGAUGUUAUUGGGGAAGAAGCCGGGGAAGAGUGUGGAAAUGACCGAUUUGCCCUCGCUGGUGAAAGGCGCGGUUUUGGAGGAGAGGACGAUGGAGGUUUUCGACGCGGAGGUGUUGAAGGGGGCGAGGAGUCCAAUGGAGGAAGGGCUGGUGCAGGCAUUGAAGCUGGCCAUGGGGUGUUGUUCCCCGGUGGCCACGGUUCGGCCUUGUAUGGAAGAAGUUGUGAGGCAACUGGAAGAGAAUAGGCCUAGGAACCGGUCGGCUUUGUAUAGUCCUGCCGAGACAAGGAGCGAGAGUGGUACUCCUAUAUGACAUUAUUUAUAUAUGACCCUUUUAUUAUCUCUUUUUGAUAUUAUUGAUUUUGAAUUAGAGUGUAUGAUUUUUUUAGGCAAACCGGUGAUCCUUCCUUCUCCCAAAGGAGAGAUAAUUAAUUUCAUCUCAACUU